AGGUCUGCCGACGACGUCGAUCUACUUUUCAGCCUCACUAAUGUCCAACAAGAAAUACUUCCGCAGGACGUGUACCGCGCAGUUUUUCUACCCACUGUUGUACGGCAAGAUCACCUAAACAAGCUACAGCAGAUUCCUAGUUUCCAAAUUUCGCAUCAAUAGCAGGUCUCGAUAUCAUGACGUUUCAGGCUAGAUAGUGCUACGCGGCUCUGCUCGGACCCCGGCCUUCUCCUACCCCGGAGACCCGCCAAUCAGGACCCAUCAACACGACAAGCACCCUUGAAAGCUUGUCGCGGGGCCCCAUGGGCUCAGGUGGGUUGAUGAUAGCAGGCUGUACCCACGCAGAGGUCAAAUCUAGAGUGCAUGGAGUAUAUAAGCUCUCUAAGCUCACCAUGUCUGCUUGGCUUUUGGCAUCGGCCUUUGCUUAUUCGUUCUUCGCUAUCCGUAGCGUCCAAUCAACUUACACGCUAACAGAAAAUGGCGGGCUUUGCCGAACCCAAGCGAGAUGGUACCCUUGCGGUCGAAGAGGGAGCCCUGGAGAAGAGCCUCAGUCGUCAGGCUGAGAUCUUCGAGGACAAAGAGCUCAUGACAGAUGCUCAGGCAGCUGAAAGCCGCGAACAUGACAUGGGAAUGUGGGAGGCCAUGAGGGACCACCCCAUGGCUUGUUUUUGGGCUUUCAUCUUCUGCUUUACUAUCGUCAUGGAGUCUUUCGAUAUGUUCUUGAACGGUAACUUCGUUGCUCUUGCCGCGUUCAAGGAACGAUAUGGUGUCCAGGUCGCCGGCGAAAUUGGCAAGACCAUUCCUACGAAAUGGCAGAGUUCACUGUUUCAAGCUGGCCAAUGCGGUGCCUUCAUAGGAGUCUUCCUCGCUGGUCCCAUCACCAACCGUCUUGGUUACCGCUGGACUACUUUGCUGGCACUUAUGCUGAUGAAUGCGACCAUCUUCAUUUCCUUCUUCGCCGACUCACUCGCGGUUCUCGUCAUCGGGCAAGCUUUCGAAGGUAUCCCAUGGGGUAUGUUCAUCGCCAACUCGCCAGCCUACGCUAGUGAGGUCGUUCCUCUGGUUCUUCGUGGGGCUUGCACAGCAACUCUCCAGAUGUCUUGGUCCAUUGGUAGCAUCAUCGUCGCAGCCGCGACGUACAGUUAUAACAAGCGAAACGAUGAGUGGGCGUGGCGAGGUCCACUAGCUCUGCAAUGGGUCUUUCCUACCCCUCUUAUGGUUCUCAUCUUUUUCGCACCCGAGUCGCCAUGGUGGCUAGUGCGUAGAGGGCGCAAGGAACAGGCGCUGAAGUCCAUCAAGCGCCUUGGUCGAAGAAACGGAACCCAGGCGGCUGCCGAAGACACGCUUGCCAUGAUGGAGCGCACAGUGCAGAUCGAAGCUCAUAAGGGUGGCGAGCCUUCUCUCCUUGAUCUCGUCAAGGGAGUCGACCUCCGCCGAACACUCAUCACCUGCUUGAUCUACGCAUCUCAGAACUUCGCUGGCAACCUCAUCGCCAACCAAGCAACUUUCUUCUUCGAGCAGGCUGGAAUGUCGUCUGACUUCUCUUUCAAGCUCAACUUGAUCAACUCGUGCUUGCAGCUGGUAGCCAACAUUUGCGCGUGGCCUCUCAGCAACUGGUUCGGCCGCCGUACAAUCUACCUCGGAGGCACCGCUAUCAACAUCUGCCUACUCUUUAUUCUCGGAAUCUGCGCAUCCAUCCCCCAGAGCAAUGCGACCAACUACGCCCAAGCUUGUCUAGGUAUCGUCAUUUCGUUUGUUUUCGCCGGAGCCAUGGGCCCGAUCUCGUACUCGAUCAUUGCCGAAACAUCCUCCGUCCGUCUCCGCGCGCUAAGCACUGGUGUUGGACGUGCCGCAUACUACGUCGCCGAGAUUCCCAUGAUCUACCUGGCCUCGCAGAUGCUCAAUCCCACGGGCUGGAACAUGGCUGGUAAGUGUGGAUACGUGUGGGGCGGUACUGCUUGCGUCUGCUUCAUCAGUGCAUACUUCGGCCUCCCUGAGCUCAAGGGCCGCUCAUACCGCGAGCUUGACAUUCUGUUCAACCGGAAGAUCUCUGCGCGCAAGUUCAAAUCCACCAUCAUCGACGUCCGGGACAACGAGUAGAUCAUCAGAGUACGACGUGAUUUUUGGGUUGUGUACUGUCUGGUUUUGUGGGGAAGAUCGUGUCGUGGUGCAAGGGUGAGCACAGAUGCGUAGACGUUCUUUUCUUCUAGCUAGUGCGCUAAGGGUCAGUGCUUG